AUGUUUGAUUACGAAGAGAGCCCUCCACCGCUACAUCACUCGCCUUCUCCGAGUGAUCAGUCGCACAGCAACUCCAGAGAUACCACUCCCGUCACUCCUGUUGGCACCGCCACUUUCUUCGGCAAGAAAUCAGACAAGGAAUUCCUACCUUGGUUCAAGAAACCCGUCACUGUUGGUCGUACUACCACUGCCUUGUGUAGAGACACUUAUCUCCUCGCGCCUGAUUUUGACGACAAUACCUUCCCAACCUUUGGUGGUCCGCCACCAACAAAGGGAAUGGCGACGGUAGCCGGCCCUGUUGACAUUACACUGAGACAAACUUCCACAUCUCCUCGUGGCAAUCAGCCUUCGAACUUGACCUCCGCUCUCCAACGAAGCGAUAGCGACGAGAAACGCAAGAUGGGCCAUCAGAUGCCCGAAACAGCCCUCAAUCGCCCAAUCCCCCAGAUGCCCUCCACUGCUUCAGAUGACUUUUCAAGGUUCGAGCAUGGUGCUCGACAGAUACCAACCAAAGGGUCAACCUUUCAGCAGCAGAACAGACGUGAGAGCAUCGCUCAAAGCCUCGGAACAGGAAUGAGUUGGGGCGGCAUCUCGGUCGGUAGCUGGGUGAGAGAUGACAUGAUGAUGUCCGGAACAUCUCCCUUUGCAUUCAAUUCCCCUUCCUAUCAUUCUUCAUCCUACCUACCCAAACUCGAGGCCAAUUUCAUGAAAGAUUUUUCGUGUUGCGGUCUGACUCUACCAUCUCUGCACGACCUGCUGCAGCACUAUGAAGAAGCCCACGCCCAAAAGGACCCCAGCCAGGCAGAUCUGACACAGCCACCUCUUCCUGAUAGUCGAGCAGCACUGGCUGCCACCACUGCGGCCAAUGUUCAACAAGAGGCUCAAGAAAGAGUCCAGCAACAGCAGCAGAACCAUCAUCAAGCUCCCGUUCGGCCCUUCGGAACACAUCAGCCAUACCACCAGCCAAACCAGCGGCCAGCACAAUUCUCCAACACCCUGCAAACGAUUCCAGACAUGGAUACCGUGGACGACAUGGAAAUGGACGAUAUCGACGGCGCCGACGAGACAACCCCACCUCCAAACCUUUAUACUCAGAACCAAGCUCAGAUCUCGCCACAAGGCACUUUCAACGCCCCAAUCCAGCCUCAGAUUCCGCAGCUUAAUACUAACAUGAUGCAAGGCCAUCAAGCCUAUAGGCAAUCGACUCCAAACACACCAAUAGCAUCAGGUGGGCGAGCCAGUGCUCCGUUCCAAGGCAACAGCGGGUCUUCUACACUGAUGGCGAACCCCAUGCAACAAUUCCAGGACCUUCAGAACGCUUAUCGGGGCACACCCGAUUCUUCGGCUCCAGGAACCCCUGGUGAACUUGAUGAUGGCCUGAUGAGUGGAAUGGACGAUAUGUCGAUGCAAAACAAUCAAAUGUUCAACGGAAUGCCCAAUGCCUUUGGUAAUUUCGGAUUCGGCAUGAACAAUGACAUGAUCGACUUAUGUAUUGACGAACCCGCCAAACGAUUAUUCUCUCCAGGAAACCCCAACAUGGGACAAGGACAAGGGCAGCAGGCAGGACAAAACCGACUUGGAAGCGGACAGUAUGGUGCAAACAGUGAUAUUGCACGUACCAUUCGUGAGAAACAAGUCGCCGCUGGUCUACCUGACACCACGACUAACAUUGCUCCGCAUGAAGAACCAAAACCCUUCCGGUGUCCUGUGAUUGGUUGCGAAAAGGCAUACAAAAAUCAGAAUGGUCUCAAGUACCAUAAAUCCCAUGGACACAAUAAUCAGCGACUUCACGACAACGGAGAUGGAACAUAUGCAAUCGUGGAUCCGGAUACUCAGGUUCCUUAUCCCGGCACGAUGGGCAUGGAGAAGGAAAAGCCAUACAAGUGUGAUGUAUGUCAAAAGAGAUACAAGAAUUUGAAUGGCUUGAAAUAUCACAUGACGCACUCGCCUGCAUGUGCGGCUAAGCAACCACCUGACAGCACCAACAAGAGCCCCCCUCUAGCGCUGCCGAACAUGAUGGGAGGACCAAACACAGGCAACAUGGGAGCUGGUCUCUCGGGAGAUAUGAGCAUGAUUUGA